AGGCUGCCUUAGGUAAUCACGAAACUCUCACCCAUAGAGCGACCGCGCCAGCGGAAACGCGUCGGCAAUUUACCUAUCGUGACGGCCCUCCAGACUCGCCAGGGAACCUCUCCCACUUCACACCAUCGCGACCCCCCUUCCCCUGUCCCCAUUUCCUUCACGAUCUUUGCGCGACAACUAUUCUGUUACUGAGAUCGAGCUGCCCGCCCGGCAGCGCCCAUCCGCGACUAUGUAUAUCAAGCAGAUUAUCAUCCAAGGCUUCAAAAGCUACAAGGACCAGACGGUUAUGGAACCGUUUUCUCCCGGCACCAAUGUCAUCGUCGGCCGCAAUGGCUCCGGCAAGAGCAAUUUCUUUGCCGCGAUACGAUUCGUGCUGAGUGAUGCCUAUACCCAGAUGACUCGCGAGGAGCGGCAGGCCCUGUUACACGAAGGGUCGGGCUCGGCCGUGAUGUCCGCCUACGUCGAAGUCAUCUUCGACAACAGCGACGACCGAUUCCCCACCGGAAACAAAGAAGUUAUUCUGCGUCGCACGAUCGGCCUAAAGAAGGACGAGUACUCGGUCGAUAAGAAGGUUUCCACGAAGGCGGAUGUCGCAAAUCUCCUAGAAGCCGCCGGGUUCUCGAGGUCAAACCCUUACUACAUCGUCCCGCAAGGACGCGUUACCGCCCUCACUAACAUGAAAGAGUCGGACCGGCUGAACCUGCUCAAAGAGGUCGCCGGCACCCAGGUCUACGAGUCUCGCCGCGCCGAGUCGCUCAAGAUCAUGACAGAAACCAACAACAAGAGGGAGAAGAUCGACGAGUUGCUCGACUACAUCAAGGAACGUCUAAGCGAGCUAGAGGAAGAAAAGGAGGAGCUGCGCGGCUACCAGGAAAAGGACAAGGAGCGCAGGUGCUUGGAAUACGCAUACUACCACAAGGAUCAAGUUGCCACACAGGAGGCUCUCGAGGAGUUGGAAGAGUCGCGCCAGGGAGGUAUCGAGGACACAGACGAGAACCGCGAAGCCUACAACUCGAGCGUCAAGGUUAUCGCCAACCUCGAAGCUGAGAUACAUAAGCUCCAGCAGCAGAUGGAACUGCUUCGCAUAGACCGCCGACAGCUCGACGAAGACCGUCGCGAAAGUGCCAAGGCGAUAGCCAACGCCGAGCUCGCGGUCAAAAGCCUGACGGACAGCAUGGCAGCCCGGGACCAGGCCCGGCAGCAGCACGACGCCGAGUUGGGCGAGGUUAAGACCGCGAUUGCCCAAAGGGAGGCCGAGCUCAAGAAGCUGAACCCCGACUUCGAGAAGGCGAAACAGAAGGAGGCAGAAAUAAAACAGGCUCUAGACUCGGCGGAGGCUAAUCGACAGCGCCUCUUCACGAAGCAGACCCGAGGCAGUCAGUUUAAAAACAAGGCGGAGCGGGACGCCUGGUUGAAAAGGGAGAUAGACGACCUCAACGUGACAUUAAGCCAGCAGAGGGCAAACCGCCUCGACACGGAUGAAGAAGUCAAGGCCGUCCAAGCCGAUAUUCAGCAGGUGGAGAACGAGAUCUCGGCCUUGCGGCAGAGAAACGAAGGGUUCGGCGACGAUCGGCAAGCCCUGGCUGAACAAGUUACCAACGCUAAAGAUGCCCUCGACAAGCUCAAUGACGAACGAAAACUGCUCCGCCGGGAAGACGACAAGCUAGAGACGAUCAUUGCAAACGCCCGGGGCGAGCUAGAUAGUGCCGAGCGAGAAUUGUCUCACACGAUGGACCGAGUUACUUCCCGAGGGUUAGGGACCAUACAGCGGUUGAAGCAAGAACAGGAUAUCCCCGGUGCGUAUGGUACGUUAGCAGAGCUCCUCGAGGUCAGCGAAGCGUACCGAUUGCCCGUUGAGCAGGUUGCCGGUGCUAGUUUGUUCCACUACGUUGUCGACAACGACGACACGGCGACAUAUCUAGCCAACGCCCUUCAAAAGUCGUACGGGGGUAGGAUAACAUUUAUGCCACUCUCGAGGCUGAAGCCUCGGAUCGGGAACCUCCCUAGGGCCAAUGACGCUCUUCCGCUGCUUAGCAAGAUCCAGUACAACCUCGAGUACGAGAAGGCGUUCCAGCAAGUUUUCGGCAACACUAUCGUCUGCCCCAACCUGACGGUUGCUAGCCAAUACGCGCGAAGCCAUGGUGUGCACGGCGUAACUCCUGACGGCGAUACUUCCAAUAAGCGCGGCGCGAUGACGGGCGGUUAUAUCGACACCCGGAAAUCGCGCUUGGAGGCUGUUCGUGCCGUGAACAAGUGGAGAGAAGAGUACGAAGAGCUGAGGUCGAGGGCGACCGACAUCCGAAGGCGCAUAGAGCAGAAAGACCAGGAGAUCACCAAUGCACUAGGUGAAGAGCGCAGGUUGGCACAAAGACUCCGUCAUAUGGAGGAUAGCUAUGGCCCGCUCCGAGCCGAAUUGAAUGCUAAAAACAACCAAGCGGACCGCGAAAGGGAUCGCCUAGAAUCCGCAAUCAAGCGGCGGGAUAUCGUCGAAAGAAAUAUGAAGCAAUUCCAGGACAAUCUGAGUGCCCACCAAGCCGAGCUGGCUUCGGACUUUAAGAAGGUACUGACUGCCAACGAGGAGAAACAGCUCGAGAGCCUAGGCGCUGCCGUGCAAGAACUACAGAAGGAAUGGAACGAAGUGAGCAGCAGACGGCGGGAGUUGGAAAGUCGCAAGCGAAAGCUGGAGCUGGACUUGCGAACCAACCUCUUGCUCAAGCUUGACCAGCUUACGAGCCAGGCGUCCGAGACUGCUUCCGGCGGUAGCAGCAACUUGAGCGCGGCCAAGCGAGAGCUCAAGAAAGCUCAAGCGACAGCGGCUUCCGUCCACAGCAAGCUCGAAGCGAACGAUGAACAGAUCGAAGCCGCCGAAUCCAAAGUUGCGAGUCUAGAGAAGCAGAAGAGCGAGAAAGAAGCCAGGCAGCAGGAGAUUGCAAGGGAGAUCAAAAAGCAGGAGAAGAGGAUGGACAAGAAUAGGCAGAUGAAGGCUCUCCUGACGACGAGAGCCACGGAAUUGGCCAAAAAUAUCCGCGACCUUGGCGUUCUGCCGGAAGAAGCCUUUGAGAAAUACGAGAGGCUCGAGCACAAGACGGUCGUUUCGCGCCUCAAGAAGGUCAACGACGCCCUCAAGAAAUACAAGCACGUCAACAAGAAGGCUUUCGAGCAGUACAAUAGCUUCACCAACCAACAAGACCAGCUCCUCAAACGCCGCAAGGAACUCGACCAGUCGCAGGCGUCGAUUGAGGAGUUAGUGGCCCAUCUCGACCAGCGCAAGGACGAGGCAAUCGAGCGGACAUUCAAGCAGGUAUCCAAGGAGUUCGCCACCAUCUUCCAACGGCUAGUGCCCGCCGGACAUGGCCGUCUAGUCAUCCAACGCAGAACCGACCGACGAGCCGACCCGGACGACUCGGACGAAGAGCAGCGCAGCAGCGUAGAGAACUACACAGGCGUCGGCAUCAGCGUAUCUUUCAAUUCCAAGACGGCAGACGAGCAGCAGCGCAUCCAGCAGCUCUCUGGCGGACAGAAGAGUCUGUGCGCGCUGUGCCUAAUCUUCGCGCUGCAGCAGACGGAGUCGAGCCCGAUGGUGAUCUUCGACGAGGUGGACGCGAACCUCGACGCGCAGUACCGGACGGCGGUGGCGGGGCUGCUGCAGUCCAUCUCGACGGAGGCGGGCACCCAGUUCAUCUGCACGACGUUCCGGCCCGAGAUCGUGCACGUCGCCGACCGCUGCUACGGCGUGCUCUUCCGCAACAAGAACAGCACCAUCAACUGCGUCAGCCGCGACCAGGCGCUCGACUUCGUCGAGGGCCAAGCCCCCCGGUGAGGCGAGGCGAGAUUACACGGUGUCCGGGCCCCUCUCAGCUCGGAGGUUCAGAGCGGCGGGAGGUUGUGUGUGUGUAGUCCUCCGCGCACGUGGACGUGCGUACGUAGGUCAGUAUGUACGUGUGCGCGUACUCGAAACGGGAGAUCUCUCCCACCUCUCCACUCCUGCUUCCGGUUUCUUUCGGAUCGCGCGGGAGAAGCUUCACGAUUGCUUAUUUGCCUGCUUGCUUGGUUAGUCAACGCUGUACUAAAACCUUGUAUGUGCCUUAUACCAUUGUGAGGAGGAGGGGAGGAAACACAGCUCGAGCAGGGAGGGGGAAGACGGGAGAGGCGGCAUUAAUGGCGGCGCGACCGGUCGGACGAAUGCUGGCAGAUAAGACCAGACAGACAGACGGGCCAGCACGCAAGCGGCAGCCCUAGCCGGAACCGCCGCCGUGUUGCGGAAGACGAGACGUAGGUAGCUCACGCUGUCGAUGACGCUUAGGUUAAUGAUAACAUUUCCGUGUAUUUUGCCCGCCGUGCCGUCUUCGAGGCGAGAGCGUGUUGUUGCGCGAGUAAAGGGGUCGGGGAAUCGGCGCUAAUCAAGUGUGGGAAUUGGGAAUACCGCACCCGCUCCCUACCAAGACGCAGCCCGCGUAGACGUUACGCCCCCCUAGCCUAACACGAUUAUCUACCCCAGGUCACCUGU